GUUUAGAAUGAGUGACUGGAAGAGACACACCGACACAUAUAGCCAGCGCAAAUUCUAUUAGAUACAUUUUCUCUGACCGGUCAUUGCGGUUUUGAAUAUACCUCUUCAAUCAACUGCGAAGACUGGGCCAGUUGAUUUAUUUUUUCUCCUCUGUAAACUAAGAUUGGGCAUGACCAUGGGGGCCAGGCUGUGGGUGUAGCCACUGAGACAGCUGGGGGAGAGCGAGAGAGGAGGAAAGGCAAGCUAGCACCAGCCAAGCACCCUGCACUCCUCCUGGGAAAGAUGGGGGAGACAGAGGAGGAGAAGGACCAGGCAGGGAAGUUUUUUGAGAACUUCAUCCAGGCCUCCACCUGUAAGGGCACCCUGCAGUCCUUCAACCUCCUGUGCAGGCUGCUAGAUCUAGACCCUCAGGACCAUGAGACAUUCUACUGUAGUCUGAAGACCAGGCUCACCUCCUGGAGGGCCAAAGCCCUCUGGACCAAGCUGGACAAGAGAACCUGCCACAAGGAGUACAAGAAGGGCCAGGCCUGUGUGGGCACCAAGUGCCUUAUCAUCGGGGGAGGCCCAUGUGGCUUGCGGACGGCCAUCGAGCUGGCUCUGCUGGGGGCCAAGGUGGUGGUGAUUGAGAAGAGGGACACCUUCUCCAGGAACAACGUGCUGCACCUGUGGCCCUACACCAUCCACGACCUCAAGGGCCUCGGGGCUAAGAAGUUCUACGGCAAAUUCUGUGCUGGAGCCAUAGACCACAUCAGUAUUCGUCAACUCCAGCUCAUGCUGCUGAAGAUCGCCCUGCUUGCAGCUGUGGAAUUCCACGUCAAUGUGGAGUUUGUCAAGCUGCUGGAACCUCCAGAAAACCAGGAGAAUGACGGGCCUGGCUGGAGAGCUGAGAUCAGGCCUGCCGAUCACCCCGUGGCUAAUAUUGACUUUGACGUGGUGGUGGGGGCUGAUGGGAGGAGAAAUACCCUGGAAGGGUUCAAGAGGAAGGAGUUCCGUGGUAAGCUGGCUAUUGCCAUCACGGCCAACUUUGUCAACAGGAACACCACGGCCGAGGCCAAGGUGGAGGAGAUCAGCGGUGUGGCCUUCAUCUUUAACCAGAAGUUCUUCCUGGACCUCAAAGAGGAGACAGGUAUUGACCUGGAGAACAUUGUGUACUACAAGGACAACACACACUACUUUGUCAUGACAGCAAAGAAGCAGAGCCUACUGGACAAGGGGGUCAUCAUUCAUGACUACAUAGACACAGAGAUGCUGCUGAGCAGUGAGAAUGUGAACCAGGAAGCUCUGCUGGGUUAUGCCCGCGAAGCUGCUGACUUUGGCACCAACUACCAGCUUCCCACGCUGGACUUUGCCAUAAAUGCCUGUGGCCAGCCAGACGUGGCCAUGUUUGACUUCACCAGCAUGUAUGCUUCGGAGAACGCAGCGCUAGUCAGAGAAUGCUUCGGACGCCAGCUACUGGUGGCACUUGUUGGGGACAGCUUGUUAGAGCCGUUCUGGCCCAUGGGUACAGGGUGUGCGAGAGGCUUCCUGGCUGCUUUUGACUCAGCCUGGAUGGUGAAAAGGUGGGCUGAGGGCAUGACCCCUCUGGAGGUGCUAGCUGAGAGGGAGAGUCUUUACAGAAUUCUGCCGCAGACAACCACUGAAAACAUUGCCAAAAACUUUGAGCAGUACACCAUUGACCCUGGGACUCGGUAUCCCAACCUCAUCUCUACCUGUGUCAGGCAAAACCAGGUGCGUCACCUGUACAUCAAUGGAGAGCUGCCAGUGAAGUCGUGCUCUCUGGAGCGUAAUGCUACAAUACGUCGCCCUGUGAACCUGGCCAGACGAGAGUCGGAGAUCAGGCCGGGCAGGCUGCUGACGUGGUGUCAGAAACAGACCGAGGGCUACAGGAAUGUGAGCGUGACAGACCUGACCACCUCGUGGCAGAGUGGCCUGGCUCUCUGUGCCCUCAUCCACCAGUUCAGAUCCCACCUCAUAGAGUUUGAUUCGCUGAAUGAGGAGGAUUCGGCUAACAACUUCCAGCUGGCAUGUGACCUGGCUGAGCGGGAGUUUGGGAUCCGGCCCUUCACCACUGGGGAGGAGAUGGCUGCUGGUCAGGAACCAGACAAGACCAGAAUGGUCACCUACCUCUCCAAGUUCUACGAGCUGUUCCGCGGCACCCCCCUCCCCGUCUCAGAUUCUAGAGGGGCCGACGAAAACAGUGAAGACUAUCCUUCCAAGGCAGUCAGAAGUAUGAACAAAGUUCUGGUACCAAGAAAAAGGGUACCGAAGGAUGAGAAGAAGCUAGAAGAUACUGACCCAACGUACAAAAGGAGACGAAAAGUCUGCAGUUACUUGGAAGAGGCAACCAACUUCUCCAGUCAGAGUGCGUCCUGUGUGGGUGAGGGGAGGGAGGUGAAGGAGAACAAGGUCCGCUCCAUGGCCAGCCAGCUCCUGUCCAAGUUUGAGGAGAGCAACCCCAGCUUCACCCUCCGGAGACAGGGUUCCUUGCGGAGGGAGUUCCCCGGGUCUGGUGACAAGUGUCACUCCUGUCAGAAGCGCGUGUAUGUGGUGGAGAGGAUCAGUGCUGAGGGACUUUAUUUCCACAGGGAGUGCUUUCGCUGUGACACCUGUGGCGCCGCCCUACGCCAGGGAGGCCAUGCCUUCGACUCUGAGCAGGGCAAGUUGUACUGCAAGCUGCACUUCACACAACGUAAAUAUGGAAUGAACCAUCGGAGGACAUUCAAUUCACAUCUGGGUCAGAAUGGAGCCGGGGUUCAGGAGGGAUCAGAGACACAGACUCCCAACGGUGACCCAACAGAAGGCCUGCAGAGCCAGUCACCAGGUACCUUCAGCUCCCGCCUGAGGAAGAGCCUGAGCUGGCCCCUGAGUGUGACCCGGGCUGUGUGUGACUCCCCCCGCCUACUGUCUCGCUGGGUGCAUGGUACGGCCCAGGCUGUGGGCCUCCACUUUAGGGCCAAUGUGCAGGACUAUGUCUUCAUGUAUGAGCUGCUGAGCCUGGGAGUGCCCCUGCUGUUCAUGCUCCAGGAGGUGCUGCUGCAGAUGUACUCUGAAACCGGGCCUGUCUCCCAGUCCAUCCAGCCCCUACUGCUGUGGCUGGAGGAACACCUGGGCCACAGGCUCAUGUAGAGGCCCACCAGGGAGGGAAGCCUAAUCCUAACCCUAUCCCUAACCCUCGUGCAAUAGGGUCUGAAGCCUGGCCGAACAUUAACUGGUGUAUCUUGCAUUUGUGCCAUGUCAUAUGACGGCAAGCUACCGUUUGACCAUGUGUACAAGUACCUUGUUAAUAUUUUCUCACAGAAUAUGUAGCUGUCAGUGCAUUGGAUCUAGUCCUACACCAACCAAAGAACAAAUAACAUUUCCCAAGCAGUAUCUUGGUUUGUGAUACGUGUGGUAGUUUUUCAUGAACAUUAUAUUUUUCUUUAUGAUGAGGGGUAAUGUGCUGUACAUGGUUUCAUGGUGGUCUAAAUCAUUUACGGUAUGUGGUUGAUAUGACUGCUGAAAUCAUCCAAUCUAUAUUGCUCUAGAGUUGAUUCUUUCAACAACUGGCUGUCGUAAUUGAGCCAGUUUUUACAUGGAUUAACUCAGGUUAUGACAGAGUUUUUGUGCGGAAAAAGUAAUCUAAAUGAAAAGACUGACUUGAAGCACUUUAACUUGGGGAGCUGCCUUUACCUGUGGCUGAUGCCUGAUGAAUGGUGUGGGAGUUAAUGGCUGCCUAAUGGCUGUCCAGGCCUUGGAUAAUGACUAGUGCUGACUCUGCACGUUUACUAAACCCUGCUGAAGUCACAGGUCGGGGUCGGGGUCGGGGCCCAACGUGGAUCUGUGCUUGACCAGAUUUUCUCAUCUUUUUUUCUAUUUCAAUAUUGUUUGACACAAGUUUACAUUUAAAAGUUGUUAUUGUAAGAUUUCCUAUGACACCAUGACCGUAGUGUACUUUCGCUACACAUUAUGAUAGCUUUUAUUGCUUUAUUUUAUGGCCCAGUGCCUCCAGUAUUUUUGUGCAUUGUCCGUUGUACUUAAAAGGGGAAGAGGUUUCAUGGCCAUGGGCUUUGGUUUACUACUCCAGUUCAUGGACUGUUUAAUGCUGCCACCUGUUGGUGAAACAGAUGCAAGGCCAAAUUCAAUUUACUGUAUGAUGAGGUGGAAUAUGGGACAAUCUUCUAAAGAGUUGAUGUAUGCUUGUAAUAGAAGUUUUUCAUCAUUUUUGUUAUUUUGUACAAGUCUAUUUCACUUAAAUAUGUUUUUCAUAAUGUUACGAAUAUUGCUGAAAGGAGUUGUUCAGGAGGACAGAAUCUGACAUGAUAACUCAGGCUAUGUUUGAAUGCUGUGGUGUGUAUGUGCUUUCCUGAACCAGAAGUUACAUAAUUCAUGCAGUACACUGUACAGUGCUAAAUUGUGUGUUGUUGAGUAGCACAAUCUCAUGUUUUCUCAAUGCCUUUUCUUUGACUAUCUAACAAUUACAAAGUUUCAAUACAUUUUAACUGGAUUUGAUCCUUCCUCUGAUUUCUCUCUGUAUUCUAACCUAUAUUUCCUUCCUUUAAUUUCUCCUCAUGUUCACUUGAAGUCUGUUUUCAACUUUCUGAUGAUGAGCCUUCUGAUUGGUUAGGAGACAUGCCAUUCUGAAGGUGAUCACGUGCAUGGUCACAUGGUUUUCUGAAUAAUGUUUUGGAGUGAAUGUCUGGUCAGAUUAGUCCCAGUUACUGUCAGCACUUCCACACACAAGUAAAAAUUGCUUCUAACCCCUGUGUUUGAGCUACAGACAGCAGUAUUUGAGCAUUGUAUUUUUCUGUUUCGUCUGCACACGGCGAUACCAACCAUUCGCCGAUAUACUUAACGGGGGCUGAACUAGAGCAGUGUUUGUGAGACAAUGGCGGUUCCUGAAAACGGUUCUUCUCACAAAAAUGUCUAAUCUACAAACUAUUAUGAUCCUACUAUCGAAAAGCUGAGACUCAUAAACACGCAAGUGUACUCGCGUAGACAGCUUUCUGUCAUGCAGAGGCAUGCCACUCUUUCUUAAAUUAAUGCAUUGAAUAAUGUAUUAUGGGACUUCUAAUGCAGCCUACUUUUCUCAUGGAGAUUCUGUGUUGCUUUAUGUAUGACCUAAAGCAACAAAUGUAAAUAAAUGAACUGAGUUAUUUGUCAUCUUGA